GUUUGUGUCAACGGCACAAAUAAGAAUAUGUCAUCGUCGGCUACAAAAAGCCUAGUUGUUUAUAUCGCAUUGGCUUUAUUGGUCCUUUUACGGACUUGGAUCUCUCCUUUGUUCUUCCUGAGUUCACUCAUCCCUUGUGUGUAAAGACUGGAAUAUUCGCCAAUAUACAGUCGUCUGUUGCUUGUUACACAUCAGAGAAAUUGAAAAUGUUCGUUAAAUUGCUGUCGUGGUGUUAGUUUUGAUGCCCCAAUCUCAUUUAUGAUGUAACGAACGAGUGUGAGUUUGACUUUUCCACUCUGCGCCAGCGCCGACUUCGGCAUUGUCCGAGUUCCGCUGCUGUGAUCUGACCAGUGUUGUGGUACCGUCACUUACCGUAGCUAGCUGGCCGCCACCCACACAGUCAGGCGAGGCAGGCAGCGAUGGCCUCGUUUUUUGGUGGGCUAUCAGCAGGCUUGCUAAUUGAUGUAAUCGCCUUACCAGGCCAGAAAUGCACUAACAAGAUGCCACACACACACAAACCUCAGCUGCGUCCAGAAUUCUUGCUGACCAGAGACUAACAUACGGCGUUGUGGUCAACCUACUACAGCCUACUAGUCCUACUCGCCUUGCAAGGAAGAAAGAUAGGCGGAGGGAAGCAGCAUGAACAAGUCGCCCCCCAAUAGACGAGGCAUCACCUUUGAGGUGGGAGCCCAGCUGGAGGCCAGGGACAGUCUCAAGAACUGGUACGCCGCCAGCAUCGAGAGGAUCGACUACGACGACGAGAAGGUCCUGAUCCACUACCGGCAGUGGAGCCACCGCUACGACGAGUGGUUCGACUGGGCCAGCCCCUACCUGCGGCCCGUGGAGCGUAUCCAGCUGCGGCGCGAGGGACUGCAGCAGGACGAAGGCCCCCCCACCCCUGUGAGAGCCAAACCCUCUCCGCUUCCUUCUUCUCAUGCCGGCUUCCGUGUCAAUGACAAAGUAUUGGCCAGUUGGUCCGAUUGCCGUUUCUACCCAGCAACGGUCUUGGCAGUCAACAAAGAUGCGUCUUAUACUGUCAGAUUUUAUGACAACGUUGUGCAGACGGUCAAAUCAAUCCACAUCAAGCCCUACGCCCAAUUAGGCAGACAUAGAGGAGGUAAGCCGCAGGCCACGACGGAGAGGAAGCGUGCGGCGUCUGGCGAUGGAAAGAACCCCAGAGGGAGGGAGAGGAAGCCGGCGGAGAACAGGGUUCCGCUGAAGGGGAAGCGGAACCGGCCCGGGUCAUCCGACCAAGAUGGUGACAGCCACACGGAUGAGGAUGGCGAUCAGGAGGGACAUCCCGUACGCUGGAACCACGAGGGUCGAGACAAGGAACGCGACACCGCACCAGAGCUCCCCCCCGUGGGCCUGAGAGACGGGGAGAGGAAGCCAGAGGACGGAGCCCCCGCCCCUCAUGGCAACGGAGGUGUGAAGGCCAAGGAGGGGACGGAGCAGGAGGUGGCGGGCAGGAACGGGGCCACUGCUGAGGGCUUGGGUCACGGAGGAGAAGUGCCAGGAGAUGGAGUAGCAGCAGCCUGGAGGGAGCAGAGGGACGAGGAGCUGGCCAAGAAGAUGAGAGAACAAGGCCCACCUGAGUCCUGGGCUGGGAAGGAGGACUGCAACUCAUCUGUGCUGAAGAAGAGGAGGCUCUCUGUAGAACAGGCCUCGCUGACCAAGAAAAGCAAAGCUGACGGCCAUACCGAGAGUUGUCUCCAAAAUGGAACUGCAUCCCAUACGGAGGCGUCCAAUCAGAAUGAGCCAGCAGCAUCUGCAUCUACUGCACCGGCUCUGGCCCAGCCAUCCAAUAGCACGCCUGUGCAGGCAGCUCAGGGCCAAUCAGACACGGGCACACCAACUGUAACCCCACCAGUCAAACCGGUGAGGAAGCAGGGCUUCCACAACCCCAACCGCUUCAGCAGAGAGCCAUUGUACCGCGUGGUGAAGAACCAGCCUCCCCCCGUGCUGUCCAUCAACCUGGACCACAACGCCUUCAAGUGCAGCGCACCCGGCUGCACCAAGUCCUUCCGCAAGGCCAAGCUUCUGCACUAUCACAUGAAGUACUACCAUGGGGACACCAAGCCUCUGGAGGAGGGGGACCUCAGCCCCACCACCCCCACCCCCACCCCCACUACAGCAGGAGGGGGCCCCAAACAAGCAGGGGCGCCUAACACCAACGUACGGGACAGUCCCAAGAGGAGGCGCACCAUCUCUGCAUCCAUGCACUCUUCUCAGCUCAGCCCCAGUCGGACACCCACGUCUCCCCGUUGUGAGGCCAAGACCGGGCUGCUGCUGGGGGAGAAGAGGCGCACCUCAGCGCCCCCUGCUGUUGACAUCCAGCUCCAACACCAACACCAGCAGCAGCAUCAACAGCAUCAACAUCAGCAUCAGCAUCAGCACCACCAUCACCAGAGGCCCCUGCUGAAGGACAAGAGCAAAGAGAACCAGCUGGAGAGGAACGCCCACACAAACACAGACCGCGACAGGAGCCCCAUAGACAUAGCGGCAGUGUGCCUGAAGGAGAGAGAGAAGACGAAAGAGAAGAAGAACAAGGAUUUCCUCCGCAUCAAACUCAAGAAGAAGAAAAAGAAGAAGAAGUCCAAGUCAGACUACCGCGGUAGUGAGGAGAAUAUUGACUUCUCCCUAUUCCAGCAUCAGAGCUCCACCAAAUUGGGCUUGCCCCCCCUCAAAUUGCCCCCCUCGCUCAGUCACCACAAGCCUGAGGCCUACUCCCGCAGGCCCGGACACUUCCAUCACACACAGCAGAGUCGUGUAGAGGAUGAGGACUACGGCACGGAUUGGUCGACGGACAGCUGUGGGUGGAGCGAUGAGGAGGCUGAGGAGGAGUCUGUCCUGGACUCCUACCUCAGUGACGACGACUCCAUGGCGACGGAGACGGGUGACGGCUCGGAGAUCGUGCGCUGCGUGUGCGAGGUGGAGGAAGACAAUGACUUCAUGAUCCAGUGUGAGGAGUGUCUGUGCUGGCAGCAUGGCACCUGUAUGGGUCUGCUGGAAGACAACGUACCCGACAGGUACACCUGCUACAUCUGCAGAGACCCUCCAGGCCAGAGGCAGAGCCUGCGCUACUGGUGUGAUCGUGAGUGGCUGAGCAGUGGCCACAUGUACGGCCUGUCCUUCCUGAAGGAGAACUACUCGCACCAGAAUGCGCGCAAGAUCACGGCCACGCACCAGCUGCUGGGGGAUGUGCAGCAGGUGCUCGAGGUGCUCAACGGCCUGCAGCUCAAGAUCGGAGUCCUGCAAGACCAGAGCCACCCUGACCUGCAGCUGUGGUGUGAGCCCUGGCAGAGCACCUCCUCCAGCUCCAUCAAGAAGGAGGAGGAUGCCAGCUUCCCAGUGGCAGGAGGAGGAACGCACGCCACUAGCCCAGACGAGAACACGCCCUCAACAAACGCCUCCUCCACCGCCAUCAUCUCGACUGGAGGAGGAGGAGCUGCCAGUGGCCAAGGUUCGGGUCAGCGCCGCGCCCCGUCCUCCUCCACCUCCUCCCUGUCGUCACACGUGUCGUCGUCGUCAUCGUCCUCGUCCUCGUUGUCCCCGCUGAGCUCCUCGUUCCAGGACGCCUUCCUGUCCUACAUCAGCAGCGAGCACUGCUACCAGAAGCCGCGCGCCCUGGUGGUGGAGAAGAGGAGCUCCUCUGGCGCCUCCUACAUGGACAACGGGGACCUGCACGGCUACGACACGCAGGGGGGGCGGCACUACGCCAGGCAGCAGCGGCCAGACAAGGAGUGCUGGCGGUGGGGCGAUGGGAGUGAUGUGAAGGUGAAGCUGGAAGAGGAGGAUGAUGGGUACCCGGGUGGCGGCGGUGGGCACCGGGGUGGCAUCGGUGGCGGUGGCGGUUGCAGCAGUGCUCAGCAGCAGCAGUGGCAGACCAACCUGCUGGACCACAUCGAGACCGUGCAGGACGAGGUCGUGCACCGCAUGGACUUCAUCGAGAAGGAGUUAGACGUACUGGAGAGUUGUCUGGACUACACGGGAGAGCUGGAGCCCCCAGAGCCCCUGUCUCGUCUCCCCCAGCUGAAGCACCGCAUCAAGGAACUGCUGUCAGAGCUGGGCAAGGUGCAACAGAUUGCCCUCACCUGCAGCGCCUGACCACACACACAGGGGGCGCUAGAGAGAGAGAGAGCCAGCCAGCCAGCCAACUCCACCCAACUGCUUACAGUCUAGAGGGGAGAGGACAGGAGAAGCACCAAAGAAGGAUCCAAAGAACUGAUCUGAGGAAAACAGGGUGACGACGUAGAAAGGAGAUCAAGAUUGAGACAUUCAGUGGGCUAGUUUGUAGCCCAGUCAUCCAUACUUUGUGCUGCUCUGAGUUUCCUCUGUUGAGAUACUGAGUGCAAAACAAGACUCGCAGACGUGCCGUCUACUCUUUAUUGGUCAGAGAAUGUGGUGGUGUACUGUGGUGAUGGAUGGUGAGAUCCAGGGUUUUCCAAAGUGUUAAAGUGAUGAGAAACUUUAAGCAUAGCUCCAAGACGACUUCAAACCAUUGCUCCGUGGUCAUAUAGAGUUGUCCAGCAUCCUGAAUCUGAACUGUAAAAGAAAGAUGGUUGUGCUCACUACUAGAUAUUAUCCUUCUUUUAAAGUAUUAUUUUUCCUUAAUUAGAAACGAGUACGCACUUAGACUUCCAAUAAAGUCUACUACACACUAUCUGGAAAUGGUUGGCUUGAGCCGAGCAUGGAAUUGAAAGCUUUCAAAGUGAGAAGUCCGCACACUUAAAAUCCUUUUUGUUGUCUUUUAUCCAGCCAUGAAAUAAUAAAAGGCAACAGAAAGGAUUUUAAGUGUGCGGACUUCUCCCUUUGAAAACUACAGUUGGCCUUCGCCCUGCACCUUUUCUUGGGAUGUGCACAAUCCUCUCCUUCAACUGGAAUUGAAAGCUGACAUGGAAUGAUCUACAUGCUAGCCCACCUUGAGUCACCUCAGGAUUAAUCACACACAGAUGACUCCAGAAAGGUGUUUUUGUCCCUCAGUUACAUUAGUAGGUUAAGGGACAAAACUAGACAAAAAAAAGUAAUUUACCUCUUACAAUAGUGGCAUUUGCUGUGGUCACCACACCUUGACAUUUGCUACUAAAAAUGUCAAUGACCCCUUAUGGUAACGAAUCCUCUGUGAUUGUGUAUCCUUUGGGUUCUCCCCCAGUGACUGUAUAAAGAAAGAAAUAGUCAUGUAUCCUCCUCCUUACAUCUGAAGUGGUGUAAUCCGCUAUGAUGAGAAGGUCUUUGUUUCUGAAUAUGUCUGUUAGCCUUUGUUUGGUUUCUAUCCUAUUCUGCCUUUUUUCUAUUUGUAAAUAAAUACAGAAUAAUAUUUAGUCUACUUAAUUUAUUGCUGUACCAAUGCAGAUGGAUCUAUUGUCCCUGAUGUUAGAAUGUGCAGGCUUAUCACUGUUGAUGCUCUCUCUAGUCCACAGUGGUGUCUCUAUGGUUUCAAUGGGCAUACAUUUACACCAUAGUUGGGUGAACUGAGCUCUGCUUGUGUCAGCACUUUUUUUUUCAAAAGGGUAUUUCAGAUCUUUCUUGUUGAUUUGUGCUCUAACUUCACUUCAUGUUGGAAUCAAGCGAGCUCUCAUGAUCUUGACUAUACCGUGGCUGUGAACCGAUGGGCUGAAAUUAAUGUCCGAUUCUGUAGAUCUUCUGUCUGUAUUUCCUCCGCAAAUGAAGGGAUGUUCAAUAGAAUUGGCUGUACAGAAGAAAAAUAAUGUUCAUAGUUUGUGAUGUGCAAACUACUGUGGCUCUUCUGAAUAAAUUGAAAUCGCUUACA